AUGAAAGCAAAUCAGUUUCUUUGUGGUGUUAUUGAAGGUUAUUAUGGUCGUCCUUGGUCAUUGAAUCAACGGCGCACACUUUUUGAAAAUUGCUUACGAUUUGGUUUGAAUACGUAUGUCUACGCACCGAAAGAUGAUGCGAAACAUCGAUCGCGUUGGCGAGAUUUGUAUACAACUGAAGAAUCGAAUGAAUUAAGUCAAUUAAUUCAUCUUGCAAAACAAUUCGGUAUAAAUUUUGUCUAUGCUCUAUCGCCUGGUCUUGACAUAACUUAUUCAUCGGAGAAAGAUUUGAAUGCGUUGAAAAGAAAAUUGAAUCAAUUGUUAAGUUUUGGAUGUGAACAUUGGGCGUUGUUAUUUGACGAUAUCGAAAAUGAAAUGUCACAACAAGAUAAGGAUAAUUUUGCUUCUUUCGCUCAUGCACAAGUCGCGGUAACAAAUCAAAUCUACGAUUAUUUAAACAAACCAAAUAUUCUGAUAUUUUGUCCUACAGAAUAUUGUAGUCGAAUGGCUGAUCCAUCAUUGGAAAAAUCAGCCUAUUUACAAACGAUUGGCAAUGGUCUUCAUCCUGAUAUUGAUAUCUUUUGGACAGGUCCGAAAGUAGUCUCUCGUCGAAUCACUGUCGCUCAUAUUUUAGCAGUGAAUAAUGUUUUACAACGUCGAGUGACCAUUUGGGAUAAUUUAAAUGCAAAUGAUUAUGAUCAACGACGUUUGUGCAUGGGACCAUUUGCAGGUCGUUCGUCAAACUUGUCCUCUCGAUUAGCCGGAAUGUUAACAAACCCGAAUUGUGAAUUUGAAUUGAAUUAUAUUCCGAUGCAUACAUUGGGACAAUGGUUUGAAUCAAUAAAAGUCAAUGAGAAACGUGACAAAAUUGAUGAUAAUGUUGAUGAUGACGACGAUAGUAUUCAAACAGUUGAAGUUUAUCAAGUGGAAAAAGCAUUUCAUCAAGCUCUUAUUCAAUGGCUACCCGAAUUUAACAAAGUCAAAUCAGCGAACGAUUUCUUACAUAGUAUCAAAAUUGAUCAUUCUCCGCAAGCCAUGAGCCCAAAAGCAGCGGCUCUAUCCUCGUUGAACGAUGAAGAUUCACAAGAUUCGAUUACAGAGCAUGUUCCACCACCAUCAUCAACGUCGUCAAAAAUUCAUACGAUGGAAUGUGACGCAAAUAGCAAUCUUAUUGAUUUAACAUUGGAUGAUAUUCGAUUUCUCGUUGAAUUGUUUUAUUUACCGUAUGAACAUGGACCAAAUGUGCAGCAAAUGUUCUUCAAUUUUUAUUGGCUGAGAUACAAUUACAAUCCUCAUCAAAAUUUAAAUGAAUGGCGUUGUCGAGCUGCAAUAUUUCAUAACCACGCAAAAACUGUCGGUCGUUUGCUUCAAAAACUAGUAGCUAUUCACAAUCGAGCGUUGCUUUAUGAUGUCUACAAUUAUAUCAACGAUAUCAAUUCGACAAUAAAUUUAUGCUCGAAAUAUCUACACUGGCUUGACGAUGAGCACAAGCGUUCCACAGUAUUCAUGUCCGGUGAUGUUGAACCCUGGUCAAUACGCGGUGGUCUUGCAGGAGAGUUUCUAAACAUUCUUCCACUGGGCGACUUCCAAGCACUGAUUAAAUCAGAUGGGGAUUCUUCUUCGGAAGUGUAUUUUAUUCGGCCGUUAACUUCCAACGACCAACCGGCAAUGUGUGCGCUGUGCACGACCAUUUGCUAUCAAGACGAUGUUGACGAUUUGCUCAGACAACAUUCGGAAAUCUUAGCAGAUAAGGUCAUUGGUGGAUAUUUAUCGAAUUCUAUGAAUACAUCUGAUCUUUGUUUUGGUAUCGAUGGUACCGAUGAUGGACUACACGGAUUUGUCUUAACAAUAAGUGAAAGCGAGAAAUAUGAUAAAUUUCAUCAAACAAAAUGGCUUGAACAACUUCGCCAGAAAUAUUCCAAUGUGGAUGAAAAUUUCUUCGAAAUUAUCGAAUGUCCUCAAUGGAUUUAUGAUCGUUAUUCUGUUCGUAUACAACUCUUUCUUGAUUCAACCCUAAAACCUAAUCAGAUGUAUCUUCUGGGCAAUAAAUUAAUUAAAAUACUGGCAGAUAGUCUAUCGAAACGAGGAUACAGUGGUUGUCAUGCAUUUAUAGAUGAAAGACACAGUUCUUUGCAUAAUCUAUAUCUGCGUCUCGGCUUCAUCGAUAUACCAAUGAUCGAACAGCAGAACCAUCUGAUUCUCGUUGGAAAACAGUUUUAA